CCAUAAAGCCACACUAGAUUAAACUGGACUUUUGAAAGCCCAAGUAUCAAAUAAGGACAUUUACGUCAAAAUCUAAUGGUAAAACGCUAAAACAAAAGGUAAUUGAAACGCUUAAAAGUCAAUUUAACGGUAAAAAGCGUUUGGGGCGGCGUGAUUGGAUAAGAAUUGAGACCGGCGUAAACAAGAGGGAGAGACGUAAAUGUGUUGAUCAUUUCACGAUGGAUUCACGACAAGGCCAUCCCGAACCUGAUUCCGAAUCUCCUCCAGUGGCAGCUUCGAGUCCUCGCUCUCCGAAGCUGAAGGCUAGCUCUAAACUGAAUCGAUGGUCCAUGGCCCGAGCUUUACGCUCCGGCGUUAAGAUCAUUGACCGUCCGAUCAACGCACCUCACCGUCAAGCAACGACGGAGGAGGCUGAUAGGAAGACGUCUGCGAUCGACGGCGAUGACUUGGUCUCCGACGGGACGGAGGAGCACUCCGUUAACACCGCUUUGGGGCCAUUCGAAGAUCGACUGGUCAAUCGCGGAUGUUCUGUCAAUACACAUCUCUUCUCUUGGGUUGAGAAUGAGGAGAAGCUGUUAGAGAUUAUAAAUCAGGCAGCAAAGCAAAAGGCGAUGUGUUUAUACACUUUAGUCAAUCCCUCUAUGUCCAAAUCCGCUAAAGAAGCUUGUGAUCAGUUGGGAGUGAUUUCCGUUGAUAUAUUGAGACCAAUCAUCGAAGGGAUAGCGUCUCACUUGGGUGUUUGUCCAUCUGGUCUUACCCGUGGAGCGCCCGGUAGGGUCAAGACUCUCAACGAUGAGUAUUUCAAAAGAAUCGAAGCCAUUGAGUUUACCAUUAAGCAAGACGAUGGGACUUUGCCCGAAAACUUAGGCAAGGCUGAUAUCAUUCUUGUCGGUAAGGUCGCCAAUGUGCCGUUUGUGAUGGCGAUUAGGAUAACAAGGGCUAAAAAUAUAGGUGUGGAUACGGAAGGAGAGAACAGAUACUCUGGCUUUGAUCUCCUUCGGAAAGAACUUGAUUUUGCGUCAAAGAUCUAUGCGGAAAAACCCUGGAUGGGCGGUAAUAGAUGUGACAGUAGUAGCCCUUCAAUGGAUUCAACAUCUUUUUAUGAUCAGAAUGAUGAAAUGCUUGACGAUGAGAUUCAAGGAGAAAAAGCUUCAGAACCUUCUCUUACUGGAAAGAAAAGAAAAGAAACUGAAAGAUCAAGCUCUGAUCUUCCACCAAACCAAGGAAGAAAAUUGCUCAUAGAGGAAAGUGCUGGGAAAACUUUAUCCAAUAAGAAGAUGAUCCUUCACAAUGCAACUGUCGUUUCUGUGGUAUAG